UUCCUGUUGGCCAUUUUUAUUCUUUUAUCAUCAUCAUCAUUAUUGUUGCUAAGUCAUUGUCAAUCAAUCAAUAAUUAUGCAAGACAUUAUAGAAGAUUUAAACAUGAUACAGAACCACCACCACCACCACCAUCAUCAUCAUCACCAUUAACAAUUGAUUCAACAGAUUCUGGAUUUCCAAAAAUUGAUCCCAAAGAAUUGCUACAAGUAAAAGUGAUUAAUAAAUCUGUGAAUUAUUAUAAAACACAAUUAUUACGUGUACGUACUAGUCUACAAGAUCAAUUGAAAGAAUUCAUAAAUGGAUUGAAAGCAAUACGUGAUCAAGCUCAAUUUGGACCAGAACUUCAAGAAAAAAUGAAUGAAACAUUUUUGCAAUUCAUUCAAGAUCUAGAAAUUUCACCAUAUUGUCUGGCAUCAUUUAAUCAUCUAUUAUUAGAGAUGAAAGAACGACGAUUAUGGCCAUUAAAAUUUAUCGAUGCUAUGGAAUUUUUACCAUCUGGUUUAUUGGAAGGUGUCAUGUCAAUGUUUGGUGUCUAUGAAGAAUGUAUUAAUAUUGAAUCACCAAUGGUUAAAUGGAAUGAUAUACGUGGUAAAUAUUGUCUAGCCAAAGUUCAUUUACCAUUUUUGAAUCCAUUAUUUCCCGAAUUCGAUGUUCAUGAUGAUAAUGAUUUGAGCCGGAAUCAUGAAUUAAAAAGCAUUAAAGACCUUUAUACAUAUCAUGGUCGAAAAUCAUUAUAUAAUCGUAUAAAUCGUGAUUUUGAUCAUUCCAAUAAUAAAUUUAAAAUAUUACAAAUGCUCAAUAUGUUCAACGGUUCAUAUUUACGAAUCGGACUUUGUUUUCCAUCCACAUGUAGUUCAUUUGAAUUGGAACGUGCCAUCAAUAAAUUUUUACAACCAAUAAGCAAUCCGAUACGUAUCGAAAUUGAAGAAGAAUGUUCAUAUAAAGGCCAAGAAAUUGAAUUGGAUAAUCACCAACGUAUGGCAAUAUUCAUUUUAGUUGGCCUUUGUCUAUUGGUUGGUGCUUGUACUGGAUUUGAAUAUUAUUUACGUAAUUUUCGUGAUCCAAAUGAAAUAAAUAAAAAUCAAUACAAUUCAUAUCUGUUAACAUUUUCGGCAUUAUCAAAUACACGAUAUUUACUUGGACAUGCGGAUAUGGCCACAGAAGAUGAAAAACGUUUAUGUUCAAUUGAUUCAAUUACAUUGUUUUUUGUCAUUAUGGAAUUCGUUGGACGUUCAUAUGUAUUGCCAAUAUUCUAUGGAAUGAUCAAUAUUAAACGUGCAUUGAAUGGAUUGACUGAUCAAUAUUUUACGGCUAAAAAAUUUUUCUUCAUACGUGGUAGUUCAUUUGCUGUCUGUACAUAUGUAUUGGCUAGUUCAAUCAUAUUGGCAUACAAUAUCUGUGGACGAAAAUCACAAAUCAAACCAUCCAUAUUGAAUUAUGUAAAAUUCAUAUUGAAUCGAUAUCUAAGCAUAAUACGUAGAUUAAUUGGACCAAUAUUAUUAAUAUAUUUAAUGCCAUUGUUUGGUGAUGGACCAACAUGGCAUUAUUUUUCACCACUUUAUGUUGAACCAUGUAAACAUAACCUUUGGAAGACAUUAUUAUUGAUUAAUAAUUUUGAAAGUUCAUUCGAUAAAGUGUGUCUAAUUCCAAGCACUGUAUUCAGUGCUCUUUUCUAUAUGAGCCUUGCAGCUCCAUUCAUAUUAUAUACGUUAAAUCAUAAAUAUUUUGGCUACAUCGUUUUCAUUAUGUUGAUCAUCCUGGGAACAAUAAUUAGUGUGAUACCAAAAAUUGUUUACAAUUUACCCGUUACUCCAUAUGAAAUAUCAUCAAUCUCAUCAGUGGCUGAAGCAAAACUUUCAUUCAUCCAUUACUAUUCGUCAACUGAUCAAUUGAUUGUUGUAUUUGCCAUCGGUUUAUUUGUUGGCUAUCUAAUUCGAUGUAAACCGAAAAUUAAUCUGGGAAAACGAGCAGCCAAUAUUGCCCUAUGGAUAGGCAUGUUAGCAUUACCAAUAAUCUCUUCACAAUGGAAUGAUACAUUUAAACCGUUGAAAGGAAAUUUCUCACAAUUUAAUUUCAUAUCAUGGUUUUUAUUAAGUAAAAUUAUGUGGUGUUUUGGAUUCGGUUGGAUCAUUUAUACUUGUAAUACCGGAAGAGCAAAUACAUUUAAUCAGGCAAUAACAAUGUCAUUGAUACGACCAUUGGGAAAAUUGGCAUUCGGUGCCUAUCUAAAUCAUAUAACAAUAUUAAGCUUUAGACAGUUGACCAAAAAACAAACAUCACCAUUAACUAACGUUGAAAUUUUGACCAAUGAUAUAUCCGACAUUGUUAUCGCAUUCACCGUUGCCUAUAUAUUCUACAUAUUGUUUGAACGUCCAUUUUAUUAUUGGAUCAAAAUGAUUCUCAAUAUUGAAAAUGAUACCAAUAAUGAUGAACAACAGACGGCUGUUAAAAGAUUUUCAAUGUCUGAUCUCGAAAAUGGUAAAUUACAUGGUGAUCAUGGUGAAUUCGAUCUAAAACCAUUGAAUGAUAGUAAUUAUUCAAGUCGAUUAUAAUAAUUUAUUCAUCAACUAUUUUUU